AUGAGCAGCGAAGACUUCGUGGAGCUGAAGAGUAGGACGGCCGCCAGAGCGGAGGGCUACAGCAACACUGGCUUCCAGAAUGAAGAUGACUUCGAUGAAAAACAGAACACAUCAGGAAACAACAACUCACUAAGGUGUAGAGCUGUGCAAAACACCCAGCAGGACGAAGAGCAGGUCACCAUUGAGCAGGAUUCUUUAAGAAACAAAGAAGAUGUGGAGGAUGAUCCAGAGGCACAUCAAAAAGGGUAUCUGGAAAGGAAGUAUGAUACAGUUUGUGAUUUUUAUAAGAAACACAAAACCACCCUUCAGUACAUCCUCUGGGGCAUCUUAAUAGUAGGUUACCUGGCAAUGGUGAUUGCAGCUUGUGCGCUGAACUUUCAUAGAGCCCUUCCCCUUUUCGUGAUCACCGUGGCUGUCAUCUUCUUUGUUGUCUGGGAUUACUUUAUGGCCAAAUAUGAGCAACGAAUCAAUGAGUGUCUAUCUCCUGGCAAAAGGCUCCUAAACAGCCAUUGGUUCUGGAUGAAGUGGGUGAUUUGGAGCUUACUGAUUCUGGGUGUUAUAUUCUGGCUCAUCUUGGACACCGCCAAACUGGGCCAACAGCAGCUGGUGUCCUUUGGUGGGCUCAUAAUGUACAUUAUCCUGGUAUUUAUAUUUUCCAAGCACCCAACCAAAGUUUACUGGAGGCCUGUCUUUUGGGGAAUUGGGUUACAGUUUCUUCUUGGGCUCUUAAUCCUAAGGACUGAACCUGGAUUUAUGGCUUUCGAUUGGUUGGGUAAACAAGUUCAAACCUUCUUGGAGUAUACUAACGCUGGGGCUGAAUUUGUCUUUGGUGAGACAUAUGCAGACCACUUCUUUGCAUUUAAGGUCCUGCCAAUCGUGGUUUUCUUCAGCACGGUCAUGUCCAUGCUCUACUACCUCGGGUUGAUGCAGUGGAUCAUUAGAAAGGUUGGAUGGGUAAUGCUAGUUACUAUGGGAUCAUCUCCUAUUGAAUCUGUAGUUGCUGCUGGCAAUAUAUUUGUUGGACAGACGGAGUCUCCACUGCUGGUCCGACCCUACUUACCACACAUCACCAAGUCUGAACUCCAUGCAAUCAUGACCGCUGGGUUCUCUACCAUUGCUGGAAGUGUGUUAGGUGCAUACAUUUCUUUCGGGGUUUCAGCCUCCCACUUGUUAACUGCCUCAGUCAUGUCCGCACCUGCAUCAUUGGCUGUGGCUAAACUCUUUUGGCCUGAGAGAGAAACACCUAAAAUAACCCUCCAGAAUGCCAUGAAAAUGGAAAGUGGUGAUUCAAGGAACCUCCUAGAAGCCGCAACGCAGGGAGCAUCCUCAUCCAUCUCCCUAGUGGCAAACAUAGCUGUGAACUUGAUUGCCUUCCUGGCCCUGUUGUCUUUUUUGAAUGCAGCCCUGUCCUGGUUUGGAAACAUGUUUGACUACCCACAACUGAGUUUUGAGAUAAUAUGCUCCUACAUCUUCAUGCCCUUUUCCUUCAUGAUGGGAGUGGACUGGCAAGACAGCUUUAUGGUUGCCAAGCUCAUAGGCUAUAAGACAUUUUUCAAUGAAUUUGUGGCUUAUGAACACCUCUCAAAAUUGAUCAACUUAAGAAAAGAGGCUGGACCCAAAUUUGUGAAUGGUGUGCAGCAAUAUAUGUCAAUUCGUUCUGAGACAAUUGCCACUUAUGCUCUCUGUGGCUUUGCUAAUUUCGGUUCCCUAGGAAUAGUGAUCGGCGGACUCACAUCCAUGGCUCCUUCCAGAAAGCAUGAUAUCGCCUCAGGGGCAGUGAGAGCUCUGAUCGCUGGGACCGUCGCCUGCUUCAUGACAGCCUGCAUUGCAGGGAUGCUCUCCAGCACCCCAGUAGACAUCAACUGCCAUCUCAUUUUGGAGAAUGCCUUCAAUUCCAGUUCGCCUGCAAACACCACUGAGGUGGUAUCUUGUUGUCAAAGUCUAUUGAACAGCACUAUUGUCAAUGGUCCUGGUGACGUCAUCCCAGGAGGAAACCACACCUUGACUUCUUUAAGGGGCUGCUGCACAUUGCUGACUCCACCAACACUGAACUGCAGUUGGAUCCCUAAUGCAUUUUGA